AUUGUAAAGGGCGCAGUUGAGAAGUGUGUUGACUCAGUGAUCGCUGUUAACUUGGACGUGUCACAAUGGCGGAAAACAUGUCUCUGCUGGGUCUUGAAGACGAAUUAACAUGCAGUAUCUGUUUAUGUCUAUUCGAGAACCCGGUGAGUUUAAUCUGUGGACACAGUUUCUGCGCUAACUGUCUCGAAGCGACAUGGAACGACAGGGUAUCAUCUCUGUCCUGUCCUCAGUGUCGAAUGGUGUUCACCAGUAAACCUGAAUUAAAGAAGAACACCGUCCUCAGCGCAGUGCUCGACGCCUAUAGAAUAAAAGCAGGCGUCUCUGAACCAGUCAAGGAACAUUUUGAGGUGAAAAUGAAAGAUCCAGAUGUAAUCAAAUGUGAUAACUGCAUGGAAGCUAAAGCCGUCAAAACUUGUCUGACAUGUAUGGCGUCUUAUUGUGAGGAGCAUGUAAGGCCCCACAGGGAGAAUGCCAUUUUCCGGGCGCAUCAACUGUCUGAUCCGUUGCCAGAUCUGAUGGAGCGUCUCUGUUCAGAUCAUGGCAAACUGAUGGAGUUCUACUGCAAUCAACACCAGAACUCUAUGUGCAGUACCUGUCUGCAGGAAAUGCAUAAAGGCUGUGAGUUUAUCACGGCAGAUGAGCGACGCUUCAAACAAAAGACUGACCUGACUGACAAGCUCAACAUCCUUGAUGUCAAAAUGGACAAGAAUCAGCAGGUUAUUACACAAAUGAAGGAGCAACAAGUCAAAUUAAAGGACCUAGCUACAACCCGCAAACGUUUUCUUGAGACAGAAUACAGGCAGAUUAGAGAAAUGAUUGACCGAGAUGAGAAAGAAGCCAUGCUUACUAUCGAUAAGGAACAGGAAAAAGGUCAGAGCAAACUGGUCACCAUGAUAAAGAAAUUUAAUGAGAACAUCGAGAAGAUGAGUAGGACUAAAUCUGAGAUCAACAUUCUGCUGGACCAGUCGCAGUCACUAGCAUUCAUAAAGGCCUCUGUGGAUUUGCCCUCUGUGGUAAAUUUUGAGCCCCAUAACCCUCGUGUGAAUGUGGAAAGUAAAGAGGUGAUAGCUUAUCAUUCCUCUGCAGUUGCACUGAAGGAGUGGAUCACCAGAUUAAUGGAGCAGCCAUUAGAAAACAGAAUCUCUUUACUUAAACCAGAGUUUGAGAAAUCUGUUCUUGGCGCUGUUAAAGAAAGUCCCAUUCCGAGUGUACCACACAUUAAGGACCCGAUCAGACAGAAUGCUUUUUUUCCAGUGAGAGGUCUAGGAAACCAAUUCCCUGGAAUCCCAAGUGAGAUUCCUCCCCUCUUGCCAAAUCCAAGAGACAUGUGGAUGCAAAAGGCACCAGUUGCGUGGUUUGACCCUUCAGCACUUUUGAUAUCUCCCAGUCCAACCUGUGGUCCCAAAGCCAAGGCUCCAGGAACUAAACAGAAAAAUUUCAGCAAGCCUGCUAAAGAUCAGAAGGAUCGCAAAGACCAGAAGCCAAACAGAUCUAGGAAUCCUUCUAAAGGAGCAAAUCCUGUUUUCUCCAAAAGCAUGGAAAACUUGCUUGACAUCACAGUUAAAACUGUAGACAUACCUGACAUAAAUCCACCUGCUGUUUCACCAGAUGUGCUAAACUCUGUUAAACGAAGUGACCUUCUUAAAUAUGGCACUAUCCUCAAUUUUGACGUCAGAACAGCUCACAAGCGAAUCUUGCUGACUGAAAACAACACCAAAGCCACAGUCUCGGAUGACCCAGCUCAUUAUCCAGAUAUUCCCCUUCGCUUUUCUGUCUGUUCCCAGGUGCUCUGCACAAAGGGUUUCUCUCAGGGCCGUCAUUAUUGGGAGAUCAAAAUGAGCAGUAACAACUUCUGCGGACUGGGACUUGCAUAUGGAAGAAUUGACCGUAAGGGUCCGUCUAGCCGUCUGGGGCGUAAUGCAGACUCCUGGUGUGUGGAGUGGUUUAACGUGAAGCUUUCUGCAUGGCACAACAGCAUCGAGACGGUGCUGCAGAAUCCCAACCCGAGCCGCGUGGGCGUCUUGUUGGACUGUGAUCAGGGAAGUGCAACAUUCUAUAAUGUACAGGACAGGGCCUACCCUUUCCACACAUUUGUCUUUCCUUUUAUUGAGGCUGUAUAUCCUGCUUUCUGGAUCUUCUCAAAUACCUCUUCUGUCACUUUGUGCAAGCUCAACAAUUGAAAGUAUCUAAGUCAAACUGAUAUUUCUUUUGGAACACAAAUUAAGAUAUUUUUAAUAUUCUGUCCACAUUCAGUGAGUCCACACAACCAGAAUAAUUACGUUAUAUUAUAAAUAUCUUCAUUUUUGUUCCACAGAUGAUCAGAAGUCUUUUGAAAUGACAGGAGCAUGAGUAACAUGACAGAAUAUAAAUUUAUCGGGUUUAAUCAAGACAGGUUUGAUUCUAAUGUAGGUGUGUUGCGACUGUACAGAAUGCAUAAAGCAGUCUUAAAGCAGUUUAUAAAUCUAUAAAUGUUUGGUAAUGUCUUUUAAUGUUGACCAAAAAGAAAAAGAUUGAUGUAUCUAUGGAUGAUAUCUAAAGGCACGCUAAUGCAGUCCAGCUGUCACUACAAACCCAGACAGCAUAUGGCCCACAUGGAUCUCACACAGGCCAGAUGUGGGUCAACACUACGGUGCUGUCUGAGAAAUAAACCUCAUAAAAGUGAAUGGGUUUGUAUUGCAUUUGCUAUAAUGACUAGAGUUGUCCUAUUUUAUGGUUACUAACCAAAUAAAAGUAAAUUAAAUA